GACACCGGCCCAGGCUCCGCCACCCCGUCCCUUCCUCCUCCUUUCUCCUUGCUCCAUUUCCUUCUCCAAGAAUCUCCAGCAAGCUUCGUUCUUCUCGGUGACGGGGCGAAGAAAGCUCAGCUUCAAGCCAUCCUGGCCAAAAUGGGUUCAGUUGGGGAUGAGUUCACUCCACUGUCUCAGUUAGAAUAUGGAAUGGACAAAUGUAAAGUGCGGGUGCGCAUCUCGCGGCUGUGGGAGUCCUUCAAUCCAAAAGAUGACACUUUGUUCGGCCUUGACUGCCUUCUGAUCGACGAUCAGGAAAAAACUAUGCAGGCGCGUGUAGAUCCCGGCGAUAUAGAGCAGUUUGAAGAUCUGCUAGUUGAAGGGAAGAUCUAUGCCUUAUCAGAUUUUAAUGUUGAUGAGCAGAGGGACUACUAUAUGUCCUGUAGCAAUGAGUUGACUAUGUACUUCGGAAGGCAGACGGUGGUCACUGAGAUAGAAGGAGAUAUUGACUCGAUACCCCUCCAUAGCUUUGAGUUUGUUAAAUUUAAGGAUCUCCGUUAUAGGUGCGACGACAACAGCUUAUUGACAGAUGUUCUGGGUCACGUAGUACAUGUCGGGGACCUACGGGAAGUCUCAAAGAAAUCACGCGUUAUAGAAAUUUGUAAUGCAAGAAUUCGGGAUUUGAGAGGAAGGGCACUGAGUGUGACACUGUUUGGAGAUAUUGCUUCUGGUUUUGCUGAGGAUAUGUUGGAGAAAGGCCAAGACGCCUCAGUUGUUGUUGUCUUUGCAGGGAUGUCUGUUACUUCCUCAUCAUCAGUUUGCUCGACAACAUCUUCAAAGUACUAUCUGGAUUUGGAAAUAACAGAGGUGCAGGAAUUCCGUGCGAAUUUGCUCAUUCAGCAGGCAAACCCUGUUCCAGAAAAGACUUCAGCUCAGAAGUUGGCUGAGAGUUGGCGAACAAUCGAACAGCUAAAAAGCCUCGAUCGAGAAGAGUACGACGAGAAUACCAUGUUUUUGUGCAGAGUCUCCCUGAUAGAUAUAGAUUGCACCAGUGGUUGGUGUUAUCUUGGAUGUGACACCUGCCAAAAGUCAAUGUACAAGGCUCCAAGGAAAUACAAGUGCGCCCGAUGUGGCCCGAUGAUGCCAGUUCAGUGGUACAAGCUGAAGGCGAAGGUGCAGGAUGCUACCGGCACAAUGAACCUGAUGAUCUUCUGUGAGGUGGCGGAGGAGCUGGUAGGUGUUUCCGCGGAGGAGCUCGUCGAUAAGAUCAAGGACGAUGAUGAGUGGUACACCCUGCCGGACGAAAUCGAUGAUCUUCUUGGCUCGACGCACACCUUCCAGGUUUUCGACAAGUACGUGGUCGGGAGCUUCGCGGUGAGGUCGAUCAUGGACGAUGCCAGCGCCCCAGCCCCUGCUGCAACCACUAGUCAAUUCAAGGAGAAGGCUGACCCUGAGGGGAGCGCUGCCAUGGCAAGGGUGAAGUCCACUCGAGUCCAGAAGCCUAACAAGCGCAUGCGAGGGGACGACUGGAUCAACUGAGGACUAGUUUUAGUGUAUCUAGGCUAAUGCAUCUGCAAUGACUAGGUAAUGGGUCUUUUUGUGUUCUCUUUCUUCUACCUCGGAACAACAGCUGUGACGACACGAUCUAGUGUUUUUCCUUUUUUUUUUUGAAGGAGACUCGAUUUAGUGUUAGAGCUGGGUAAACAGGCAAGAACCCGUUUAACCCUUUUGAAAACUAUCUACCUUUGAUGAAAAA